UUCUAAUUCUUUGGAAAUGCACACGUGUGCGUGUGUAUCCGUGCGAAGUUAGGCAGAAAAAUAAUAUCUCAAUUGUUUCUACCAUGGCAAGCGUGCAAGGUACAAGGUGUGUAUCCAUGGCCAGGCUGUUGCUUACGACGUGUCGAAAUUUUCUUCUAGAAGAAGGUAUCCAAGGAUCCGAUGCAGUGGCAAAGAAGAUUUACUUGAAAGCAAUGACAAUGAUUGCUUGGUGUAGAAUGAACUUCAAAGACGAUGAUAAAUCUGAAUGUGAUUGAAGUGUCUUUAUCCGUUUGGAACCAUGGAACGGGGGAGGGGGUCUGUGUGUCGAAGCAAAGAGACUUUAUCCCCUCUCGCGAACCUCUCUCUUACCCCUCUCCCUCUCUCUCUGUGUGUGUGAAGCUCUACAAGUGUCAUGGGCGUUUGUACCAAAGAAAGGCCAG